AUGUCGUCCCUCCCCAAGACAUAUAAGGCCUGGGUCGUCGAGAAGGCGGGUGGUCCCAUGGUCCUCAAGGACUUGGAACUGAAGCAGCCUGGCCCUAACCAAGUCCUCGUCAGAGUGCGCGCCUGUGGCGUUUGUCACUCGGACACGGGCAUGUCAUCCGGUGCCUUUGGCGAUGUGUUCCCCCGUGUGCCCGGCCACGAGCUCGUUGGCGAUGUGGUCGCUGUUGGUGAGGGCGUUACUCGGUUUUCUGGUGGCGAGCGCGUUGGUGGCCCCUGGCAUGGCGGCCACGAUCUGGCAUGCCGACAGUGCCAACGUGGACAGUUCCAGAUGUGCGAUCAUGCAGCUAUCAAUGGCGUGACCCAAGACGGUGGCUAUGCCGAGUAUGCGCUUCUGCGCUCCGAGGCUGUUGUUCGAAUCCCUAAGGAGCUCGACGUAGCCGAGGUUGCGCCCCUCCUGUGCGCCGGCGUCACUGUCUUCAACAGUAUCCGCAAGAUGCAGGUUGAGCAGGGCAACCUAGUUGCCGUCCAGGGCGUUGGCGGUCUGGGCCACCUGGCUGUCCAGUACGCCGUCAAGAUGGGUUACAAGGUCGCUGUGCUGAGCUCGGGCUCGGCCAAGGAAGACUUUGCUAGGAAGCUCGGCGCGCACGAAUACAUUGACUCGAGCAAGGACGACCCCGUCAAGAAGCUGCAGGAGCUCGGCGGCGCCGCGCUCAUUGUGGCCACGGCUCCCAACCCAAAGGCGAUUUCCCCGCUGACGGCUGGUCUGCAGCCCGCUGGCAAGUUGUGCAUCCUGGCGCCCGUGGGUGGGCUCGAGAUCAACUCAAUUGACCUCAUCCUUGGUGGCAGGUCCGUGUGGGGAUGGCCUGCAGGACAUGCACUCGACUCGGAGGAGGCGAUCGCAUUUGCGAGCACUCACAACGUCAAGUGCAUGGUUGAGAAGUUCCCCAUGUCCCAGGCUAAGGAGGCGACGGACCACAUGCUACAGAACAAGGUGCGCUUCAGGAGUGUCCUUAUGAUUGAUGAGUAG